UGGCAGCCCCCUAGUGGCCGAGAAGUCGCACACCACUUUUCACAUUACAGAUAACUCGCCCAGAAAAUCAAAAUUUAAACACAGAAAACCCAUCCAGGCAUUCAAAACCUCCCAACCCAAUCUCGCUCAGUUGAACUCAUCCCGUCUGUGCGCGAUUUAUCCGUACACCAGCCGCCGGAGGAGGAGGAGGAGGAGGAGGAGGAGACGUACGUAAGCAUGGGUAGCUGCAGCAUGGCCUCUGCUGCCUCUGUGUUUGGGCUCGCCCCUAACCUCGCCCCCAACACUACCAACUUCCCUCCACGCACCAAUUUCCCACCGUUAUUCCUCUCCAAGAACGCCUCAAGUUCAAGACUGGUUGUCCGGGCGGCUGAGGAGGGGGCGCCGCCGGCCGCCACCAAGCCCCCGCCGGAGGGAGGGCCCGCUCCGCCCCCGCCCAAGCCGCCUCCGAUUGGACCCAAGAGAGGCACCAAGGUGAAAAUUCUCAGGAAGGAGUCCUACUGGUACAAAGGCAUCGGAUCUGUCGUGGCUGUUGACCAGGAUCCGAAAUCGCGGUACCCGGUUGUGGUCCGGUUCAACAAGGUGAAUUAUGCAAAUGUUUCAACAAAUAACUAUGCUUUGGACGAGAUUGAAGAAGUUAAAUGAGUGUCCAUGUUUGUGUGUGGUUUUUGUUUUUGUGUUGCUUCAAUGUGUAGUAAUGUCCUCAUUAUGUAUCAUAAUACUUUGCUUCAGUGACUUCUCUCGUCUUAGAAUUCCUCCUUCAAUCAUUAGUACUGCUGCUAAAA